CUUAUCUGAAACUUACUUCUUAACAACAAAAGGCAAUAAAUAGCAGGGAAUGUACCUAGGCAGUACCUAAGCUAAAGAUCAACAAUGCCAAUGCUUUACUCAUUGUUCGCCCAUCAUACAAUACAUUAAUAAUUGAUUAGUUCUAACUCUCCAAUGUUAUAGGCAAAUAACAUCUUCGUCAUAUUUCUCACCCUUAGGUACCUAGUUCUCACACACCCAAAUUGCCUGCGUGGUGAAUCUUGGUUGGGAAAGCAUCACUACAUCCUCAUUUCUUCGUUUCUACUCAAGUAAGAAGGUAGGUAUCCAACCGUUAGCUAACAUGGUGUCAAAUUCAGAGUGUUCGGUAUCUUCUGAGCAACCAAUGCCAAAGGGAUACCGGUUCGUUCGAAGGGGGAAUGCAUAUAUCACCAGGUAUUGCCGGAAGCAAGCGCAUCUCGAGGGCCAUAUUGUUUAUGUAGUCGCUGAAGGAAGGAAGCAGACCGGCAUCAGGGUGCCAAAGAGUAUCUACCUUCAAGCUCUAGAGAACCAUCACUUGACAAAAGAUGCGCGAGCUCGAAAUCUCCAUAAAAAGGAUACUAAGCUGGAAACCGAUUUCCGUAAUUCCAUUCUCUCCUUAUUUCCUCAGAUACCCGCCAAAGAUGUGACAGAAGCUAUCCAGCAAACGAUGAGAAAGCAUAGUGGAAGAGUUGGAAGAACGACGAAGCUGGAUAUUGCUGAGAGAACUCGCCUAGCUGUGCGUGCUCACAUUCGACAUCGCCAUACAGACUAUGACGAACUCUUGAGACGGGGAGUUCAAAGAGACAGAGCACGAACUCAGAUCAACCAAAUGGUCGAUAAAAUAGCCUGUGAGUGGAGAGGUGGGCCACGGAGAACGCCGUCACAACAUGGACAACCCGCAAUCGAUUCGUGAGGCCAUUAGACUGCUGCACUAGGAAGUUUAGGGGGGCCUCUUAGGUGUUUAUCCCGGGUAAAUCGUGUCAACCAACAAAACAGGUUGAGCAAGUUGAGGCAAGUAUCACAAGUUAAGUCAAUCUAUAAUCACGCCGUGCCAAAAACGAUGGCUUCGAGAUUGGAGUACGUUGCUACGUAG